AUGCACCUGGGGACCCCCAAGAUGGGGGGUCUCUGGGUCACAGGGGGGGUCACAGGGGGGUCUCACCUCUGUCCCCUCCCCCCCAGGCACGUCGGUCACAUCGGGUGGGACCCCAAUGGUGGCUUUGAUCUGGCCGCCCUGGACCCCGCGCUGCGCUCGCUCUUCGCGCAGGCCGGGGUCAGCGAGCGUCACUUGGCCGACGCCGAGACCUCGCGGCUGAUCCACGACUUCAUCGAGCGCCGCGGGGGGCUGCAGGCCGUGCGCGAGGAGAUGCGCCAGCAGGACCCCUGAGACUCCCGAGGUGGGCGCGGGUCCUGGCGCGGGGGGGCUCGUGGGGGCUCUCAUGGACGUGAUGCAGAAACGGAGCCGGGUUAUCCAUUCCUCGGGUGAGACCCCCCCCCAAAAAAACCCCAACAGCCCCCCGAAAACUCCCAAAUCCCCCCAAAACUCCUCCAAAAACCCCCAAAGAAACCCCAAAAC